GCUCGUGAACGUGAACAGCUGACGCGUCACAUCAAAUGUCACCGCGAUGUAUUCGUUAUGAUCGCGCUUGAUCACGAUGUCGGUAAACGAGAGAUUAGAGGCUUAUCGGCGUAAAAAACAUAAGGAGAAGAUGAUGGAGACAAUCAAGAGCUCCGUGAUAAACGCGAUUUCGUGGAAUCGCAAUGAUGGAAGCGAGAAAUCCACUGGAGAAUUGACGAAAGAGGAGGAGGUUAAAUUGUGUGAACAGCAUUUGGAUAUCCAGGAUGCAGAGGAUGUUUUGUCGGAAGGAAACGUGCAACAAUCGAAAAGUACAGUUAUAACCAAAGUGAUUUAUUUAUUAUAUUUUCUGUUAUGGGUCACACUGUACGCUAUCGCUGUGAAAUAUGAGUUUGGUGCGGUUUACUUUGUAUUAUCGGCUUUAGUCUUUAUCUGUUUGAACACCAGAUCUGGACCGAAACGACGGGAUGAGCCUAGCGCCUAUUCUGUCUUUAAUCCAAAUUGUGAAGCUAUAGAAGGGACACUUGACGCGUCGCAAUUUGAGAGAGAAAUAAGAUAUGGUAUAGGUGGGGUGCGAUAAAUUAAAAUAAUAAAAAUGUUACAUAAUUGAUAUUAAAUUAAUCAAUGCAUUUAAAAUUAUUUAAUGUGAUUGGACCAAAAUAAUGAGAUGAAUGUAUUAAUGUAUGCUGUAUAAUGUAAGUUUCAUAACAGUAGCUUCGCAAUUUUGAGAGAGAUUAGGCUAAGGUGAGAUUGGAAUAUAAAUGUGAAAAUCAUAUAUUUGAUUCAUACAAAUUAAUAUCUAACACUUAAUAUUUUUGUCUUAAUAUAAAGAAAACUUAGUGUCUUCUACAUGAGACACAAAUCACGAAUUUAGAUAUAACAAAGCUUUUUAGCUCUAAAGAGAGAGAUACGAAAUGUGAUAUAGAAAGCAUAUGUUAGACAUAUGUGAGAAUAGAAAUAAGAGAGUUAUAUUAUACUACUUUUAUACUUGAGAUACUUAUUACAAAUAGAAAUAUAUAUUUUAUAUUUUGCACUU